AACUAGAGCGGGGAACAAGUGGUUUUAGUGACAGCAACCUUCUUGGAAGAGGAAGUUUUGGUUCAGUAUUUGAAGCAACACUUUCUGAUGGGUUGAAAGUUGCAGUAAAAGUUUUCAACUUGCAAUUACAAGGAGCUGAAAGGAGCUUUGAUACUGAAACUGAAAUACUUGGGAGCAUUCGGCACAGAAACAUUGUUCGAGUUAUUGGAUGUUGCAGCAGCCCAGAGUUUAAAGCUCUGGUUCUCACAUAUAUGCCGAAUGGGAGCUUGGAUAAAUGGUUAUAUUCCAACAUUCAUUCUCUAGAUCUUAUCCAGAGACUGAAGAUAGCAAUAGACGUUGCGGCCGCCUUGGAAUAUCUUCACCAUGGCCAUACAUUCCCAGUUGUCCAUCGUGAUGUAAAGCCAAACAAUGUUUUGCUCGAUCAAGACAUGGUCGCUCAUCUGGGUGAUUUUGGCAUUGGGAAGCUUUUUGACAACGGAGAAGUUGUCGUCCAAACACAAACAUUAGCGACUAUCGGCUAUGCAGCACCAGAGUUGGGAAUAGAAGGGAAAGUGUCCACACAUGGAGAUGUGUACAGUUUCGGGAUAAUGUUGCUCGAGAUGUUUACAGGGAAGAAGCCAACAGAUGAUAUGUUUGAUGGGGAAAUGAGGUUGAAAGAGUGGGUAAGUGAAUCAUUACAAGAAAAAUCAGCUCCUAUUGCAUCCGCUUUGCUAUCUAGCGAAGAUCGGGAUUUCUGUGCAAAGGAGCAAUGCGUGUUUUCAAUUUUUGAGUUGGCAAUGAAAUGUUCAGCCACUACACCUCAUGAGAGAAUCAACAUGAUUGAAGCAGCGAACACUCUCCAGAGGAUCUAUGCGACAAUGGUAACAGAAAGACGUCGUCCACGAUAUGCAUUUUCUGUUGGUAUUCCCAAUAAUGGGUUAUAG